AUGUCUAAGAGAGGUCGUGGCGGUGCCGCCGGCAACAAGCUGAAGAUGACCCUCGGUCUGCCUGUUGGCGCCGUGAUGAACUGCUGCGACAACUCCGGUGCUCGCAACCUGUACAUCAUUGCCGUCGCCGGUACCGGUGCUCGUCUGAACCGUCUCCCGGCUGCCGGUGUCGGUGACAUGGUUAUGGCCACCGUCAAGAAGGGAAAGCCCGAGCUCCGUAAGAAGGUUAUGCCCGCCGUUGUCGUCCGCCAGAGCAAGCCCUGGCGCCGGGCUGACGGCAUCUACCUCUACUUCGAGGACAACGCUGGUGUUAUCGUCAACAACAAGGGUGAGAUGAAGGGUUCCGCCAUCACUGGUCCCGUCGGUAAGGAGGCUGCUGAGCUUUGGCCCCGUAUUGCCUCCAACGCCGGUGUUGUCAUGUAA